AGCCGGCCGGGAUGCCUGCUUAGCCGGCGCGCCUGGCCAGUCCCUUGCUCCGUCCCAGCUCCGCUCCCGCCGUUGCCGCGCGGGCUCCUUCGCGCCGGCCGAGGUGGCCCCGGGCAGCAGCAGCAGCAGCAGCGCCGCCGCCGCCAUGAUCGCCUCCCACCUGCUGGCCUACCUGUUCACCGAGCUCCACCACGACCAGGCGCAGCGGGUUGACAAGUACCUUUAUCACCUGCGGCUUUCAGAUGACACCCUCCGUGACAUCUCCAAACGGUUCCGGAAGGAAAUGGAGAAGGGCCUGAGGGCAGACACCAACCCCACAGCCUCUGUGAAGAUGCUGCCAACCUUCGUGAGGUCCAUUCCUGAUGGGACAGAGGAAGGCGACUUCUUAGCGUUGGAUCUUGGUGGCACAAAUUUCCGGGUGCUGAGAGUCAAAGUGGCAGAUAAUGGCAGCAAGAAAGUUGAGAUGGAAAAUCGUAUCUAUGAUAUUCCCGAAGACCUGAUGAGAGCCAGUGGGACCCAGCUCUUCGACUACAUUGCUGACUGUUUGGCCAACUUCAUGGAGCAGCUGCAAAUAAAGGACAGGAAGCUGCCCCUGGGCUUCACCUUCUCCUUUCCCUGCCACCAGACCAAGCUAGACGAGAGCAUCCUGGAUACGUGGACCAAAGGAUUCAAGUGCAGUGGUGUGGAAGGGAAGGACGUGGUUUCGCUGUUACGGGAAGCUAUAAAGAAGCGAGGGGACUUUGAGAUUGAUGUUGUAGCUGUGGUGAACGACACCGUUGGGACCAUGAUGACCUGUGGCUAUGACGACCACGACUGUGAAGUUGGGCUUAUUGUUGGUACCGGGUCAAACGCUUGCUACAUGGAGGAGAUGCGCCAUAUAGAGACGGUGGAGGGCGACGAGGGCCGCAUGUGCAUCAACAUGGAGUGGGGAGCCUUCGGGGAUGACGGGUCCCUCAAGGAUAUCCGGACAGAGUUUGACCAGGAGAUUGACAUGGGCUCCCUGAACCCUGGCAAGCAACUGUUUGAGAAGAUGAUCAGCGGCCUCUACAUGGGUGAGCUGGUCCGGCUCAUCCUGGUGAAGAUGGCCAAGGAGAAGCUCCUCUUCAGCGGGAAGGUCCCCGAGGACUUGAGGAAGAAGGGCUGCUUUGAGACCAGAUACGUCUCCGCCAUCGAGAAGGAGAAAGAAGGCCUCUCGAAAGCCCGCGCAGUCCUGGAGCAGCUGGGCCUGGAGCCUUCCCACGAGGACUGCGUGGCCACCCAGCGCGUCUGCGAGAUCGUCUCCACCCGCUCGGCCCACCUCUGCGGAGCUGCCCUGGCCGCCGUGCUCCACCGCCUGAAGGAGAACCGGGGCCUCGACUGGCUGCGCACCACCGUCGGGGUGGACGGCACCGUCUACAAGAAGCACCCUCAUUUUGCCCGCCGCCUUCACAAAAUCGUCCGUCGCCUCCUGUCGGGCCACGAAAUCCGAUUCGUCCGGUCAGAAGACGGCAGCGGCAAGGGAGCCGCCAUGGUGACGGCGGUGGCGUAUCGGCUGGCUGCCCAGCACGAGGUCCGCCAGCAGAUCCUCCGCCCCCUGCGGCUCAGCCAGCAGCAGCUGCUGGAGGUGAAGGGGAGGAUGCAGCAGGAGAUGGCGUGGGGCCUGGCCCGGCAGACGCACGCCAAGGCCACCGUGAAGAUGCUGCCCACCUAUGUGUGUGCCACUCCAGAUGGGACAGAAAAGGGAGACUUCCUGGCCUUGGACCUGGGGGGCACCAACUUCCGUGUGCUUCUGGUGCGCGUACGAAAUGGGAUGCGGCGCAGCGUGGAGAUGCACAACAAGAUCUACACGAUUUCAGAAGACAUCAUGCAAGGAACCGGAGAGGAACUCUUUGACCACAUCGUCAGCUGCAUUUCGGACUUCCUGGAGUACAUGGGGAUGAAGGGCGCCUCGCUCCCCCUGGGAUUCACCUUCUCCUUCCCUUGUCAGCAAAAGAGGCUCGAUGAGGGCAUCCUCCUGCAGUGGACCAAGGGCUUCAGCGCAUCUGGUUGCGAAGGAGAGAACGUUGUGGGGCUGCUGAAGGAAGCCAUCCUCAGGAGAAAGGAGUUUGACCUGGAUGUGGUGGCCUUGGUGAACGAUACGGUGGGCACCAUGAUGAGCUGUGGGUAUGAAGACCCCCUUUGUGAAGUGGGGCUCAUCGUUGGAACCGGCACCAAUGCCUGCUACAUGGAGGAGCUGAGGAACGUGGAGCUGGUGGCCGGGGACCAAGGCAGGAUGUGUGUCAAUAUGGAGUGGGGGGCCUUUGGGGACAACGGCUGUUUGGAGGAGUUCUGGACCGAGUUUGAUGCCACCGUGGACGAGAACUCCCUCAACCCUGGGAAGCAGCGAUUUGAGAAGAUGAUCAGUGGGAUGUACCUGGGGGAAAUUGUCCGCAAUAUCCUGAUUGACUUCACCAAGCGAGGACUUCUCUUCCGUGGGAGGAUCUCUGAGCGGCUGAAGACAAAGGGGAUCUUUAAGACCAAGUUCCUGUCCCAGAUUGAGAGUGAUUGCCUGGCGCUGCUUCAGGUCCGUCACAUCCUCCAGGACCUCGGUCUGAAGAGCACCUGUGACGACAGCAUCAUUGUGAAGGAGGUGUGCACCGUGGUCGCCCAACGUGCCGCUCAGCUGUGUGGGGCAGGAGUGGCCGCAGUGGUGGACAAGAUCCGAGAGAACCGAGAUUUGGACUUCCUUAAGGUCACCGUCGGUGUGGAUGGGACCCUCUACAAGCUCCAUCCCCACUUCUCUAAGGAGAUGGAGAAGACCGUGAAGCAGCUGUCACCCAGGUGCGAGGUGACCUUCCUGCAGUCCGAGGACGGCAGUGGGAAGGGGGCGGCCCUCAUCACUGCGGUGGCUUGCCGGUUGCGGGAGGCUGGCCAGCAUUGAGAAGGGCCCCCACACCCUCCCUCCCUCCCUCCCUGCCCAGGCUCCAGGCCAUUCCGGGCAGGGUCCUCCUCUCUUCCAAAGCUGCUCCCGCCGGAGCCCAUCCGGGCCAGGCCCUUUGCACACAGAGAGCAAGCCUCCCUCUAGGAUACAGGCCGCCUCUUCCAGCGGAUCUCCAAUAGCGGUUAGGUGCCCUGGGGCCGCCUCCCGCCUGAAGCACCCGGUCCUGAGCUAGGCCCAGGCCAGGAGCAGAAGCACUGCCAGGUCCGCCAGCCGCAGCAAAUCUGCUUACACCACGACUUCAACAUUCGUAGUAGGAUAGCAAGUCUCAGCCUUCGGAGGGCAGGGACCUUCCGCAGUCCUGGAUCUGGAGAGAAGCUCAGGGACCUGCCAGCACUUAGGAGAGGCUGCUGCUGCCUGCUGGCCUUCCUUGGAGAGGCAGCCUUGCCACCCAGAGCCUGUCCACCCCAUCCAUCUGCAGGGUCCUGCUCCCCAAAGCUGGCAAGGGACUGCCGUGGCCCCAUCCGGGAGGGAGGGAGGGAGCUGCCCCCUGGGCCCUUGAGGAGCCCUGCUCCUCUUUCCCCUCACAACUUCUAAGCCAGCCUCUUAGUUCUCCAUCUAGAGAGACACGGGUGUGUGUGUGUGUGUGUGUGUGUGUGUGUGUUGCAGCAGGUUUUCUGUCCUAAGAGGAGAAUAAUUUGGAAACCGCCCCUCUACCAGGGAGGAAAAGGGCUCUUCCCCAAGACGCUUCCAUGCAAUCUGAAGACAAGGACACCCGGUGGAGAUCCCGUCAUGCUGGCUAAUUGUGGGCCUUGCAGGUGUGCUCCAGGAGCCCCUGAGCCAUUGCAGAGGAGGCCCUGAUGCCACGUUCUCUGCAAAACCAACCAGUUUGCCCCUUCUCUCUGAAUCUGCUUCUUUCUUGAGUUUCCACCUCUGCCAGGUUUGGGACUGCAACCCCUCCUCUCUCUCCCCCCCCUUCUGCGGGGGGGAAAAGGGAGGCCUCUUCCCCACCUGUUUCUCAUUUGGAAGUUUUGAGGGCGAAGGUGGAGGAGGUGAAGAAAGGGCCCCUCCAGGCGUGGACCCUUGGCUCCUGAGGGAGGCCGCUGCAGGAAAGCAGCCUCCAGAAAGCAGCUGGGGUGGCAGAGUCGCCUCUUGCCUUUCCGCGGCCUCCUGCAGUGGCCAAGCUCACCUGCCAGUUCUGAACUCGGCCACGGGAUGAUGGGCACCUGCAAAGAGGGAAAAGGCUGUUUUCCUCAGGGAGCCCAGCAGCUCCCCUCAUGGCGGAAGAUCUAUUGAACAGGAGUCAAACUUCACCUGGGACACCCAGUACAAUUUUGGUGGUCAUUUUGAAGGGAAAUUAUUCUAUUUUUUUUAUCUCUCUUAUGUAUGUAUUUAUAUUUAUGGCUUGGAUACCUGAAACAAACGCUCAAGAAAAUAUUCCAUUUAAAAAUAUGCUCUUCCUAUUCUUCUUUUAAGCAUUUAAAAUGAUUGGACUAUUUUAGCUUCAAUCUUGCAAUAAAGAGGAACCACUUCGAACAGCCUGUGUGGAAAUUACUAAAUGAAAAUUUGUGAUGGGACAAUAUUAAGUUUAUCUAUUUUUAUACAAGGGAGGACAAAAGGAAUAAUCUGAUGGCAAAGCUUUUUGUGGAGACUUUACUGCAAAUAAUACCUCUCUACUGAAAUGAUUGAAAACAAUAUUUGAUCUACUGUAAUUACAGAGAAAGUAAUUCCCUAUGUGUAUUUUUCUCUGGAAUUUAUAUUCAUGAGAUUGUCAAGAAUGUAGAAAUGCCUUGUAUUUUCUUAGUAGUGUGCUUGCUUUAAUGAACAACACCUUUUGCUUAAUAAGAUUGUUAACUGGAAAGAAAGGAAUUAGAAAUAAAACCCUCUUUUGUCAGA